AUGUUUCCCAGGAGAAGUCUGACACAUCUUGCACCGCUAAAAUUUCUUUCUCGAGGACACGAAAACAUCGGCCAUGCUUAAGGCAUAACUCACGCAAAGUUUUCGUGUUCACGGUGCGGAAGCUGAGAUGUUCUCCUUAUAACGUCCUCUUGUGCUGGUACAGGAGGUCGCAAACUCAAGUGCGUGACAUAUCACCGUUACCAGCGUAAACAAGUCACACGAUUUGGUUUUUUUUUUAACUCCACAUGUUUCAAGGAAGACGAAAUUGACCUUUGUCUCAUGUAACAGUCCAUAACUCUUUGACAAUAUCUUCUUAACUUCUACAUAUAAUUUGUUUAUAUUACUCUUUUGCAUGAUAGAGUAGAACGGAAAUAAACUUUCAAACUGAAGCGAGUGCGAAAGUUGGGUGUCGCUUCGGGCAUUUAACCAGAAAAGUUAUGUGUCAGUCUGCCAUUUAGCGCUAGCCAUUAUCCACUCUGUUUAUGGGGAAGAGCACCGAAGAUGGAGUCCAAAGCAACUAAGAAUUCGCAAUUUCUUGUGUUUGGCCUUUUAUUCAAUUUAUUCCUAACGUUAGGCACACUUGGUUUCACGUGUUAUUCUCUGCAUCGAUCAUCGAAGUUGGACUCGCGUUUGACAACACUUGAGCAAAAUUCACUGCUUACAAAUCGUCCGUAUCAGCUUUCCAAUCCUGUUUCUGAUUCGCCAACAUCUGCACUUUUUCGUCGAAGUGGGUCUCUAAAGAAAGAAACAGGUGGCAUUAAAAGAUCUGCUAAACGAUCCUCCAUGUGCCACAAAUGUAAAACCGUCUGUGUGAACUCGAAUGGCCACCGAAGGAAUUUGACUGGUCUGGAAAAUAUCGUAUGCGUUGAGGGACCUCAAGGCCCACCAGGUCCUCCCGGUAUACCUGGACGCAGUGGUCCUCAGGGCCCUCCUGGAUCGAGCGGUAGGAGGGGAAGAAAAGGACCAAGGGGUGUGCCAGGCCCCCAGGGAAAACGCGGUAUAAGAGGACCACCGGGUCCCCUUGGCAAAUCAGCACCCCAGAGAACAAACCAGAGCGGUGGAGGUCAGUUAGAAUUUCCACACUUCAUUUCAAAGCCCUCGUCCACCAUAACUGUGAAAGAGACACAAAAUGUCCUAAUACCUUGUAAAGCAAAUGGCUUCCCACAACCCAUAAUCACGUGGUACAAAAAUGGACACCUGAUAGAACAAGACAGGAGGUACUUUCGAGAAAAGAGUCUAAAACUAAAGAACAUUCAAUUCGAGGACCGUGGUGUCUACAACUGUACAGCGGAAAAUCUCUUGGGCAGAGUUGAGUUAUCUGUCAAUGUCAGCGUGAAAGUACCAGCAAAAUUUGUUACUGAACCUAAGCGUUCUGUAACCGCUUACAAGACUUGGGACACCGUGCUACAAUGUGACAUCUUUGGGUACCCCUCCCCUGUGAUAACAUGGACAAGAUCAGGCAGGCAGCUCCCCAUCAACAGACAUGUUAUCAAUGGUUCCGAACUUACGAUUCAAAACACAAUAGAGGAUGAUGAUGGCCCUUAUGUAUGCCACGGAACUAAUCGACUGGCAAAUGUUAUGAGAGUUGUUUGGGUCUUUGUUAAAGUUGUUGUGAAUCCUUACAUUGUAUCCAGUCCUCCCAAAGAAAUCAAAGUACAACAUGUUGGUGAUGCUGUGACAUUAAACUGUUCAGCUGGUGGCUCUCCUUUGCCUAAAGUCACGUGGUUCAAAGAUGGUCGACGCGUUUUCUCAAGAGCUGCAAAUGAAAAGAAUGAUUUGAUAACGAGUGAAUUGGUCAUUCAUCGCUUCAAGCCAAGUGACUCUGGAAUCUACACAUGUCUAUUUUACAACGACAAGAAUGUGAUGGCAGAAUCCAACACAAGUCUUGCCCUCGUCAACUGUGGGGAUCCUGGCUCUCCAUCAAAUGGACGCAGACAUGGCUCGCGAUACUGGACUGGUGAAUCUGUGUCGUUCGUUUGUGAUCCAGAAUAUCACUUAACUGGUCCGGCAACAAGAAUGUGUUUAACCUCUGGUAACUGGAGUGGAAGACAACCCUCAUGUCGAAGAAUUUGCCAAUCUCUAGAAAGCCCGGAACAUGGUUUAAUUCAUGGGCGGCAAUUUUGGGAAGGAGAACAGGUUUCAUUCAGUUGCAGGCCUGGUUACUGGUUAGGUGAAUCCCCAGCAGUGCGUCGCUGCAUGAAGAAUGGUACUUGGACUGGACGUCAACCAAAAUGCAUUGUGCUAGGUUCAAGUAUGCCAUCUGUUGUAAUCCAGAGAUAUGACUUGAUCUUGAGUCUUCGUCAAAUUUUGGAUUCCGUGGCUGGUUCGCACUCUCACUGGAAGCUUUGUUACCGCGCCUCCUCUCAUGGCUGGGCAGCAGGAACAUUCCACACCCUUUGUAAUGGAAAGCCACACACUGUUACUAUAAUACGAAGAAGCCCGUACAUUUUUGGAGGAUACACAGAUACUGCUUGGGGUUCAAGUGGUGGAUACAGUCACUCUUCCAAUGCUUUCAUAUUUUCCCUCAUCAACAAAGAAGGACUGCCACCAUUCAACAGCAUGGUGAAAUGUCCAAUUGAUGCAAUUUAUAGGUUGUCAACUUAUGGCCCAACAUUUGGUGGAGGAAAUUCAAUCCACAUCAGCAAUAAUGCCAACAGUAACACUAAAUCAUACACUGAUUUUCAUACCAGCUACUACCACAUACCAGAUGGAGUGCAGAACUGGAAAACAAUCCUUGCUGGAUCUUACAGAUUUAGCCCUGAUGAGGUGGAGGUGUUUUAUCUCGCCUGAGUCACAGCACAUGAAGAACGUGCAUUGAGAAACCAAACUGAGACGAAUCUGUCACUAAUUGAUCUAGUCGUUUAAAUUCUUUUUUUUUUUUUUUCCUUUAAGCAAAAAUAGGGUGCUUUGCCACAUGGCAAAGUUAGAUUUUUAUUCAAUCAGUUAGCGAUUAGCAACUAGCGCCUCACUGAAAAUAUGUUCAAUCAAACUGCAAAGAUAGGAAAGAGAUGUGUCGCAGAUAAAGACUAAAACAAAACUUGUGUCCAAUCAUGUUGGCACGAUUUUUCAGGUGUUACUAGCUUUUUGUUAGCAAUUUCGACAGUUUUCCAUAAGAAUAUAAAUAUAGAGGCAAGACCGAUACAACGUAGAUAAGUUUUGAGACGGAGCACUAUAUUUCGGCUGGCCAA